GUCGAGUACAGGAUCAUCGUCCAGGUCCUCAAUGAGAACGACAACAGGCCCCGGUUCCUGGGGGCCUCGGUGCUGACCCACAACAUCAGCGAGGUGCCAGGGCCUGGGGACGGGGAUGUGGCAGGGUGGGGAGCAGAGGGCUCCCGUCAGCCCAGGUCCAGUUGCGCUUCUGUCUGUUGUACGUCAGCCCCAGCCAGCAGCAAAUGCGUCGCAUGCCUGGAGGAGUGGGAGCAGCGCGGCGACACCUGCUACCACUUCUCCCGCGCGCCGCAGCCGUGGGGCAAGUGCGUGAACUACUGCAAGAACCUGGGCUCCAAGCUCCUGCAGAUCGACUCCGAGGUGGAAAUGGAGUUCAUCAAAAUACAGAUGCAGAGGCAUGUGGAGAUCAACAACCUGCCGCUUCGGUUGUCGCUGCCCCACUGGCUUGGCCUCUCCUACAACGUCACCCGCAAGCUGUGGUGCUGGCUGGACGGCACUGUUUUCCCAGCAACUCG